CGCUCGUUGUGCAACAUCUCCCCGGCGUGAAUCUACUUUGGUAAUAAUGAUCUGACCAUAGGUUCUACUCACGCUCAACUCUAAUUGUUCCAUAACUGAUCGAACGUGCGCAUCACAGCGCUGAAAUUACCAAUCUCUUUAUCCGUCGUUGUUCCUUUUCCCAUGCAUAUCGACAUGUAGCGAUGCCAAGCACAUGAGCGGCUGUUCGGCGCAGUCGAAACCACACUCACAGGUCAAGAGAAGCUUCAUGGCUUCGUGUCCGUUUCGUCCCUUCCUCGAUCCUUCUCUUUAACCAAUUCCCAUGUCGUUGUGCCCAUCUCAAUCUACUAUGGCAUCAACUGCAUGCUACGGUGUGCCUUGAUCAGGAGUUGGAUCCUACAAAGGACCGAUGGGGAUACAUCAACAGUCCAGACGCUUCGGUAAAGGAAGAGAUUUCGAACGUUCUCAAGAAAAGAAAUUUUGCCCACGCAUAUACGCUUCGACGAAGCGCACACAUUGGUACCGCCAAGAGGCUUGCGUAUCGUCAUACCCACCUCUCCCAUCAGUCAGCCUUGCACACAAGCCGACAGCGCCCCACACCAGAUCGAAUCGCGUGGCACAACAGAUCCAUAUUUUCGAGAUUGAACAUAUGCAUCAGGACCAUCUCCGUACAUUCAAUACUUUCGAUACAUGUGGUUUACUGAUCAAUCACGACUCAAGCCGCCCACUCCACCACUUAAUCGGUAGCGAUACCAGCAAGCGCCCGCCAUGUCUCCAUAAGUCCUCUAGCCAAGACGUUCCUGCGGGUGCGCAGUCACGGUGUUCAAGUGUGCCCUUGUUUCGAACGACGUCCUUCGCAAUCUCACGUCUCGAAAAGUGGAGUUACCCGCACCCGUUUGGGUUAGUCGUUUCAAACAGGAUCCUUCCGCAUGGUUGCCAAGAACGUUUGACAUGUCGCGACGUUUGUCCGCUGUACAGAACCCAGCAAGGGAAGAGAGCUCACCCGAGAUCGUGAGCGAUGGCCCUGGUAUUCCAUCAUGGCGGGUCUUUCGGCGGAGUGUAUUGGUGCGAAGAGGUUGAAACUAUUGUGCCCCGAGCGCCUAUGCCAUCGGCAAGGGCCUGACCACGGCGGGGACACCAUAGACAGCCAGCACCCGAUGCAAGUGG